AUGGAGAAAAUAAACCGAAGCUCACCGAAGAAUAAUAUCAUAUUACUGUCAGGUACUGAUGUAACCGCAAGCGAGGAUGGCGAUGCAAUAUUUUAUUCGGAACCAGCUGUCAUGACUGAUCGACCUGAGGAGGCCAAAGUCUUCUCUUAUGCGCAGAUUCUUACGGCAACGUUCGGGUCUUUUGUUCAUGGCGGCAAUGAUGUGAGCAACGCAAUUGGACCUCUUAUUGGGCUUUGGAUUGUAAGUACAACGGGAUCCGUUACGAUGCAAAAGAAUAUACCUAUCCCUCUUCUUAUCUACGGAGGAAUUGGCAUUUCAGUCGGACUUUGGGUUUGGGGUUUCCGUGUGAUUCAAACCAUUGGUGAGGAUCUCACAGCAAUGACCCCUACCAGUGGUGUGAGCAUCGAACUUGGCUCCGCAGUUACGGCUUUGGUGGCCAGCAAAGUGGGUCUGCCCGUAUCAACCACACACUGUCAAGUUGGUUCUGUGGUCGCAGUCGGCCUUGCCCGCUCACGCAGCGGCGUAAACUGGAAGUUAUUCACCAGCAUCUUUGUCGCCUGGGUGGUGACGCUCCCAGUGUCCGCUGGCAUCUCUGGCCUUGUUAUGUACACAAUCACUCACAUCUGA